GGGGGGGGGGGGGUGAAGUGUGUACUGCGGCGUGUACUGUAGAAACACACAGUGUCAGAAACAUGUGUGUCUGUGACAGAACAGGAGUGACUCUGGAUCAGCAGACAGUUGGACACACCCUGUGAACAGGAGCCGUACGUGUGCAGACACGAGAGACAGCGCUGGGUGAGGACAUGUCCAGGACCGUAGUCAAAACUUUUUUUUUUUAUUUUUAUUUCCUGACACAGCUCCUCCUGCAGCUCAGCUCAGCUCAGCAUGAGUUUGUCAGUGUUUGUUGUGUCUGUAGCGGCAGUAUCUACGGCGACACCUGCGUCAUGUGACUCAGCUCCUCGCUCUGAUCCUCACCUGCACCCACUGAGCUCUGAGAUGCAAAUUCCCAAGGGAAACAAGACACUUAAACAGGGUGUGUGUGUGUGUGUGUGUGUGUGAUCCUCACCUGAAGGUGUGUGUGCAUGAGUGUGUGGGACACGCCCUCAGUCUGUAGGAGGAGGAAAUGAGGAGCAGGGAGCAGGUUUCUGUCUCGGACCUGAUGGUGUGGAGUGGAACCAAGCGUCUCCACACGUCUGUCCUCUCUGUCUGUGGAAUGGACGCAGCGUCGGGACGGAGCGUGCACGGCUGCAGUGUGUGAUAGAAGAAGAAGAAGAAGAAGAAGAAGACGAUUCACUGACAAACGAAAAGAAAAAAAACGUCCAGAGUUUAGAGUCAAGACAAAAACAAAAAAACUGAAGCGUUCGUUGAACUGAUCAAAAAGACACAAGCGGGGAAAAAAAAAAGAGGCAACGACCGCAGGACGUGGAGGCAGAAGGUCCUGGUGUGGAUUAGUAAACCCAACAUGGCCUCCCCGCUCCUCCUCCUCCUCCUCUUCCUCUCCUCCGUUCCUCUCACGUGUCUGUGCCAGUCGACAAACAGCAGCUCAACCAGUCCCACAACAAACACCCAACCCUCGUCCUCUCCCUCCAACGUCACCUCCCUCAGGGGAGUUCGAGGCUGCGGCACGGGACUCAAUCCCAUCUACAGGUACCUGUGCGACCGCCGGGCGGCGUGGGGGAUCAUCCUGGAGGCGCUGGCCUCCGCGGGCUUCCUGUUCAGCGCCGUCCUCCUGCUGGGGUUCCUCCUCUGGUCCCUCUGGCCGUGCGUCAAGUCCAAAAAACGCCGCAGCAGCAUCGGCGGCUCGGUGGCCUGCACCUCCAUGUUCCUGUUGGCCACGGCCGGACUCUUCGGCCUGACCUUCUCCUUCAUCGUCCGUCUGACGGACCAGACCUGCCCCACCAGGGUCUUCCUCUUCAGCGUGCUCUUCUCCUUGGCCUUUUCCUGCCUCCUGGCGCGCUGCCUCGCCCUCCUGGGCUUCGCCGCCGCCCGGGGCUGGGGUGAACCCGCCGUGGUCCUGGGGCUUUUCACGGUGCAGGUCAUCAUCUCCGCGCAGUGGCUCGUCGUGGUGCUGGUGCGGGACGGAAGGCCGUGCGAGUACGGCCAGGAGGAGUUCGUCAUGAUGCAGAUCUACGUGCUGUGCCUCCUCUUCAUCGGCUUUGUCCUCUCCAUGCACUUCCUGUGCAGCACCUGCUCCACGCACAGCUACAGCUACACCGGGCCCAAGAACCAGCAGGGCAGGAUACAGGGCACCAUGGUCUUCGUCACGCUGCUGCUCUCCGUCUGCGUCUGGGUGGCCUGGGUCGCCAUGUUCACCCGGGGGAACCCAGAGCUGGAGCGCAGGCCGCAGUGGGACGACCCGGUGCUGGGCCUGGCCCUGGUGACCAACGCCUGGGUGCUGCUGCUGGGCCACGGCCUGGCCCAGGUGUCCUUCCUCUGCAAGGGGGAGUCCAGGUCCAAGGAGGUUCCUCUGAGCUUCGCCGGCUGGACCAGUCCCAGCGCCGACAUCCAAGAUCUGGGGAGUCAAAAGGAAGGGCGGGAAAAUGGAAGCUUUGAGUCGGAGGGAGACAACAGGAGAGGCAGGAGAGCGGAGUCGUCUCUGCGGUCGCCCUACGAGUCUGGAUUCUCCCUGACGGAAAUCGACCCUGACAAGGAUUACUCCAUCCCUCGGGUCAGCGUCAAAGUCUGAUGAAAGGAAGCAGCCGCUCCAGUACUGCGAAUGCUAAUGUGUACUUCGCAUACCAGAUACACGGCUGUAAUCAGGAUACUUCAACUGCCAUCGGAACAGUUUCAAAGUGUAACUGUCACAGUUUCUCCAGAACCAACGUCCGGAUGAACAGCAGCUUCUCACAGUGAAUAUAUAUAUAUGAUUGAAUAUAUUAGUGAAUAUAUAUUUGCCUGGUCACUCCAUGUUCUCCAGUCAAAGUACUGUAAAUAUACACGUACUCUCAGUGUACUGUAAAUAUACACGUACUCUCAGUGAAGCUGUUGAAUCACAAAACAAACAAACAAAAAAAAAAAUCUACAUUUCCACAGACACAGAACGACCGAGUCACAAGAGACAAAAAGUAUUGAUUGUACUACACAAAUACUAGUACUAGUAUUAGUAAUACUAGUACUACUGGUACUUCUUAUUUUGACCACCUUGACCUGAGGUCGUCACUGCCCCCUAGACCCGUUGGUGGAAAUGCAACUGUGGUCUGGGGGUUAAAGGGCACAGUGA